AUGAAGCCACUCAUCAGCAAGGCCAUCUCCACCAGCAAACGCCAAAAUAUAGCCUUCCCAACCAUUCAAUCAGACCCGAUAUUUUCUCUGUCACUAAGCACACUGGACCUGUCAGCGGGAGAAUUCCGCUCUCAUUUCAUCACGCUAUGGGGCAACUUCCACUCGCUGUACGCACGCACCCCGGAUGUCUGGUCCUCAGGAAUCUCCUCGGUGGGGCUUCAAAACCGAGCGCUGGAUUUAGCGCUCAUUGCGCUAGCGACGAUGCGAUUAGCACUGUCUCCUGAGCAUAAGGAGAACAGCUAUCAAGUGUUUGGCCUGAGUGCGUAUAAUGCUAGUAUCCAAAUCUUCAGACGAUUGUUGCAAGACGCACCUCCAACAGCAAAGUCAAGGCCCGUGCUGGUUGUGAUCUCCCUUGUAUUCACGCUCUUCGAGGCCGUGCAGCAACGGCCUACUCAAAUCUAUGACUCUGGAUGGGCCGGCCACUUGAAAGGCGCAUUGACGUUAAUGGAGAGACAAGGUCCCGGGGCGUUUCGGACUGGAGCUUUGCAUGAGGCGUUUAGGAAGUUGAGGGAGAUGGCGGUAUUCCCCCUUCUCUAUCUUUCGAGGGAUAACAGACCUAACUAA